AAACCCUCAUCAUAUCAAACCAAUCUAAUGUCGUCUCUAGAAACCAAAACAGACCAAAGAGAAGGAGCUGAGAUCUUCAAUGGAGGAUCGACGUGCAAGCAAAAAGCAAACGAGAUCUUAUCGACCAUGAAUCUCCCCAGAGGACUUCUCCCUUUGGACAAUAUGACAGAGAUCGGUCACAACAAAACAACCGGUUACAUCUGGAUCAAGAUGAACAAGAACGUUCAGCAUCGGUUCAAGGCGAUCGGAAGAAACGUGUCGUAUGACUCGGAGGUCACUGCGUUCGUGGAGAACCGUCGGAUGCGUAGCCUUACGGGGAUCAAGAGCAAAGAGCUUCUUCUUUGGGUUACGAUCUCCGAGAUUUUUGUUAAUGAUCGAGACCAAACUAAGAUUACUUUUGCUAAUCCGACGGGACUGUCACGUACUUUCCCCGUCACUGCUUUUGAGGAGGAAGAGAAGUGAUUUGUCAACGGUCUUGAACUUUGCUUUUAUUGUUUAUCUGCGUCUUUCCAGUUAUAAUAGUGAUGAAAUAAUGCUAUAGAAACUUGUUUUUAAUAUAGUUCUCAUUGUUCUAACUUGUAGAAAUUUACUUAAUAUAGUUAUUUUUGAUA